UAAGCAGCGUAUGAUGAUGAUACGCGACAGAAGCUGACUCGGGAUCAACGUGCGUGGACCGCACCCGGACACGACGGCAACUCCGUGACAUUUAUCCGCGAACGCCGACCCGCAGGUUCUCGGAUCCGCGAGUGUCCGACGUGCGGACGGUGCACGUCCGAGGCAGCCACGGACUCCCCACUGUACUGUGUAUUUACGAGAUGCCUUGUCGGGAUAUAAUCGAAUCUGAAGGGAGAACGUCACGUCUUGUGAGACAUGCAUUUAUUGAAGAUUCACUUUUCUCGGAGCAAUCUUGAUCUGAAAUUAAUUCGUCAUCGCGUUACCACAUAAUAAGCCCAUGUUUACAUGCCACAUAACGUGAAACGGAGUCACAGGCUCAAGUGGCGGAAUUAAACGGGACGAUUACUCAACACGUGCACUGAUAAACAUAACCUGAACGUAUCUGGCUUACGAAUGUGUCGAAAAAAAUGAGAAAGUAACGUCGAGAUUUGAUGUUUUCGUGCGAAAAGCGCCUCUACAUUCACAAAACAUGAACUACGAUGGCGAUGUCUGCAAAUUUUACUUUACCUACCCGACACACGGAAAGUGGAUGAUGUGUCUUACACGUAUUUCUUCAGAGGGCGCGUCGGGAAAGGCGUUCCAAGAAAAUCCUCGCGAUAUGGCUGCUCCAUUCUGUUUACAGAUUUUGAUUUACUGAAGUUUCGCUUCCCUGAAAUGUAUUCUUUAACUCAUAAAAUAGAUAACGCACACGAGGACAGUAUAUGGACCUGUGCGUGGGCUUGUCCAAAGAGAAAGAAGAGUCACGAUCCUGAUAAUGAGGAUUCACGUGAUUCCAUGCGAUCCAACGAAGAUGAAACCGUGGAAUAUCUCGUGACAGGUUCUGUGGAUGAUUCUGUUAAGGUAUGGGUGCCGCAGGAUGGCACUUUGAAGAUGAAACAUAAAUUAACUGGACAUUCCUUGGGGGUGGUAUCCAUAGCUGUCAGUUCAGAUGGAUUGAAAUGUGCAUCUAGUUCACUCGACUCAAGCUUAAGAUUAUGGGACUUGCAGUCUGGCGACAAGUUAUCGAACAUUGAAGUCGGUCCGGUGGACAUUUGGACUAUGGUCUUUUCUCCGGAUGAUAAAUUUGUCGUGUCUGGUAGCCAUGCUGGCAAGAUACAUUUAUACGGCGUCGAGAGCGGCAAACAGGAGCAAACCCUGGACACAAGAGGUGGAAAGUUUACCUUGAGCGUUGCUUAUAGUCCUGAUGGUAAAUACAUCGCGAGUGGUGCGAUCGAUGGAAUUAUUAAUAUCUUUGAUGUCACCUAUGGGAAAGUCCUGCGUACGCUGGAAGGUCAUGCGAUGCCUAUCAGAUCUCUGUGCUUUUCACCAGACUCUCAAUUACUGCUAACAGCAUCCGAUGACGGUCAUAUGAAGCUGUAUGAUGUCAAGGAUGCAAACCUAGCAGGAACAAUGUCGGGGCAUGCCUCUUGGGUACUCGGCGUGGCUUUUUCACGAGAUGGGCAACAAUUUGCGUCAAGUAGUUCCGACCACACAGUCAAAGUCUGGGAAUUGGCGCAAAGACAGUGUCUGCAUACAUUUAGGGAACAUAACGACCAGGUAUGGGCAGUAAAGUAUAACCCACAGAGGAACAACGUAAUCGCGUCGGUGUCCGAAGAUAAAUCCAUAAAUUUGUAUGAAUGUCCAUUGUACGAUAAAUAAAUACAUUGCAAUGUGAGCGUA